AUGGCAGCAAGUCAAGGUUCAGAAUCACAAAUCAAUAGUAAUAAUUUAUCAAACAAUGAAAAUCAUAACAUGAACAAUAUUCCAUUGUAUGCUGAAUCUAAAUUGACACGCCAACAAGCAAUUCAUGAAAUAGCUGAUAUUAUCGUUAGGUCCAAUAUGAAACCGCAAUCAGUUGAAUGUACUUUUGAAUUAUUAAAAAAAAUUCUACCAUCCGAUAAUACAUUGCCAACUACAAUUGAUGAACUUUUUCAUGCAAUGAUGUCAUCGGACAAUGAUUGGCGUUUAGCACAAUAUUUUAUCAGACAUAAAGGAUAUCGAUCUUUAUUAUCAGCGACAUCAAAUGUAUCCGAUGAUAAUUCGCUAUCGCAAGAAGAAGAAGAAGAAUUCAAUAUUAUAGCGCAACCAUUAUCUACACUUUUACCUUUGAAUGACAAUCAUGCAUCGUCGAAUUCCGAUGAUGAAAAUAUUCUUACUCCCUACGAAAGAUUACAACAAUGUCUAGAGCCAAGUACGAGAUUAGCAAGAGAUUUCAAUCUCAAUUUUGCAACGGAAAUCCAACUUAAUGUCAACAAUGAUAAUAUGACUUCAUCUAGUCAACAAUCGCAAAUAGCAUCUAGUAUACAUGCCGACCGGUUUCAACGAGCUUUAAGUGAAAGUUCAUCAACAAUAUCUGAUCGUUAUCGGAUCAUGCAGGAUGUGUUAAGAGCCUUUAACAAUAAUGACGAUGAAACAUCGUACGACUCGAUGUCAAAUGAUAAUGAAAAGCUGUGUUGUUUUGAGAUCAAUGGGCGUAAUCUACUCAAUGAUAGUAAAGGGCGUCGAUAUUAUUAG